AUGCCGUUCCUCAACGCCUUCCUACGCGCCACGGGCGCCUUCACCUUCCGCUCCCCGCUGCUGCGCGCCCUCGUGCCCUGCGCCGCCGCCGCCCUCGCCGUGCAGGCCGCCGCCGCCGCGCCCUCCAUCCUCGCCCGCUCCGAGCGCUUCUACGACCUGUCGGGCUCCGUCACCGUCCUCGCCGUCGGCGCCUUGAGCCUGUACCUACCCGCGCUGCGUGCGCGCGCCGCCGCGGCCGGGCUGCCGAGCUUGCUGGACGCCUUCCGGCCGGGCGCGGCGGGCGCGGCGCGGUGGAAUUGGAGGCAGGUUGUGGCGACGGGGUUGGCGAUGAUGUGGACUAUUCGACUCGGCUCCUACCUCUUCAAGCGCAUCCUCUCCUCCGGGGGCAAAGACUCGCGCUUCGACAACAUCCGCGACCGCCCCGCGGCCUUUGCGGCGGCGUUUGGCGCGCAGGCGGCCUGGGUGACGCUCAUGCUGGCCCCCGUCAUUGCCCUCAACGCCGUCGUCCCCGGCGGCGCGACGUUGGCCUCCGCCGCCGCGUCCGCUUCUUCUUCUUCUCGCGCCUUGGUGACCGACGUGCUGGGCCUCGCGGUGUGGGCCCUGGGCUUCGGCUUCGAGGCCGUGGCGGACGCGCAGAAGAGUAGGUGGGUGCGGGAGAAGCGCGACAAGGUGCACGAUGAGGCGUUUAUGACGCGGGGGCUGUUUUCGAAGAGCCGCUUCCCGCACUACUUUGGCGAAAUCACGCUGUGGACGGGCCUGGCGACGUUUUGCGCCGGCGCGCUCGCCACGGCCCCCGCGCAGGCGGCCCUCGGCCUGCGAAGCGUCGGCGGCGGCGCGGCGGGCGUCCUGGCCACGUCGGCGGCGUGCUUCGUCGCGCCGGCCUUUUCGGCGUUUCUGCUGACGCGCGUGUCCGGCAUCCCGAUGAGCGAGGGCAAGUACGACGAGCGGUACGGGCACCGCGCGGACUACCGGGCGUGGAAGCGGGACGUGCCGCGUCUGGUGCCCAAGUUGUGGUAGAGGGAGGGCUGUUGUUGUUGUUGUUGUUUUUGUUGGAGGAGGAGAGAGAGAGAGAGAUGCAUGAAGUGAAUAAAAGAGAGAGAGGGGGGGGUAUACAGAGAGAGAAUGGGAGAUGUUGGUAAUUGGUGAUGGAGUCGGGAUGUCAGAAGCAUGUAUCCAAUUUUUUUUUGGGUUGAUAUAUUCUGCCUUGUCCAACGAAUUACAGUAGCCCCGUCGUCAUCGUCGUUGGGUGAU